AUGACCUGGGGCCAUCAAAAUUCAGAAAGCGACGCUCACGAUCAGCUUGACCAUGCGUUCGAGAGAGGUGUGAUUGGAAUCGACUGCGCCGAGAUGUACCCGGUUCCGCCAACAAAAGACUCUUCCGGUCGAACGGAAAAAUAUAUUGGCUCAUGGAUAAAGGAACGAGGUGGUGCGCCUUUUCGGGAAAAACUCGUACUCUGCUCGAAGGUUGCAGGAGGCGCUGCACCCGGUCGUGUGUUUUCUUGGAUACGAGGUGAGGAUCGGAGAGUGGAUAGAACCAACAUCAGGGAGGCUGUAGAUGGCAUCCUGUCCAGAUUAGGAACAAAUUACAUCGAUUUGCUGCAGAUUCACUGGCCUGAUCGGUAUGUCCCGAUGUUCGGUGCCGGUGCUUAUGACUUUUCGAAGGAGCGUUCGAGUGUCUCGUUUGAGGUACAGGUGUCCGCUAUGGAUGAGUUGAUCAGAGAAGGAAAGAUACGUAACUACGGGCUGAGCAAUGAAACAGCGUGGGGAGUGGCUCAGUUCGAUGCCGUAGCACGCAGACUUGGUGCGGCGGCACCGGUCUCUGUCCAGAACAACUACAGUUUAAUAUAUCGAGACUUUGAGGCUCAUUUGGCUGAAGCAUGUGCCCCAUCGAACGCAAACAUGCCUCUUCUUGCCUACAGUCCCUUAGCUGGUGGAGCUCUAACCGGAAAAUAUUUAUCAAAAGAGGUACCAGACGGAGCGCGAUUCACCGUAUAUCCAAACUACAUGAAGCGUUUCCAAAGUAGUCUUGCCUCAGCCGCUAUCGCUGAAUACCAGAAAAUAGCCGAUGAUGCCGGCCUCACACUCACUCAGCUGUCGCUGGCAUGGUGCAAGAGCAGAUGGUUUGUUCAAAGUACUAUCAUCGGAGCAACAUCCGUCGCACAACUCGACGAAGACUUGAAUUCGUUCGGUGUGGAACUCGAUAAGUCAACUAUCACUGCAGUCGAUAAACUUUAUGCCCGAUACCGUGACCCGUCAAGGACUUCCUAG